GACGACCUCCUCCUUGUUGAUCGAUUCCCCGAGUAAACUGAAUCAUUACCCAAGGCGGUGAUAUCGCAUUUCAUUAACAAAAUGCACUCCCAUCUCCAUACCAAAGACAAUAUAAAUUGCACGGAGAUCAUGAACAUGCUCGACGAGUGCCAUGCGCGGGGUUUCAUCCACAAGGCGUUCGCCGGCUGCAACGAAAUUAAACGAGAGGUAAACCGAUGCCUCGGUGCGGAAAGAUCGCGGCGCGCUCAAAAGAAUCGGGAUCAGGCGCGGGAGAACCGCAAACGGAUUGAAGAAGUGUGGAGGAAGGAUGAUGAGUCGUGAAGAGAGGCAUUUAUACUAUCGCUGUGCAAUUGAGGGUGGCGAGGGGGUGUUAGUUUUUUUUUUUUACUUUUUUUUUUCUGGGCGGGAGAGCAUCGUGUUCUGGCGCUUUGGUCAUAUAUGAUUUUUGAUGUGCUCCUACUGGCUCCUAUCCAACUUCGUUCUCCGAACUGGUACCUCUGUUGCUUGACUCUCUCCUCCAAGCAUGAUUGGGCGGAUGUGUAGGGAUAUUUAUUCCUGUGCCGUUGUCCAACUUAUAUUGCUGUUGGCGGCAAAUUGUUAUUGUUCGUAUAUAUAUUAUCCCGUUUAGAUCAAACGGGAUGAUACACUUCCAUUUCUCAGAGUACUGCUAUAAAUACCUCGUGGAAGGUAGGAAAGCGCAAUUGUAUAUUACAGAUGAAAAAAAAAAAAAAA